AUGCGGCGCAUUGCCUUUCUUUUUCCGACCCUUGGCCGUGUUUCCGCGGCCCGCGGCUGCGCCAAGAUGACCAGCAACAGCAACCCCAAGUUGGAUGAGUUGGCUAGUGCGUACUCGCAGCUCACAUUGAAGGAGCUCUCCGAGCUGCAACGCCUAAUCUUCAAGAAACUCGGCCACAGUGACGAGUUUUACGAGAAGGCCCUCCUGCGCGGUCUCGGCGGCGGCGGUGGUGGUGGCGUCACGAUGCCAGCUCACGCCGUAGCGGCAGCAGCGGCAGCGGCAGCGGCACCGGGGGCGGCUGCACAAGAGGAGGCUCCCAAGGCGGAGAAGAAAAAGGUGGAGAAGGCGACGUAUGACGUAAAGCUGGCGAAGUUUACGCCGGACAUUAAGGUGAAGCUCAUAAAGGAGCUCCGCUCCGUCACAAGCCUUUCGAUUGCGGAUGCAAAGAGUGCCAUUGAAAAGUGCCCUGGGCUUGUGCAGACAAACAUGAGGAAGGAAGACGCGGAAAAGCUCAAAGGGCUCUUUGAGAAGCUCGGUGCCACGGUUGAACUGAUUUAG